AUGGCAAGCCAGGCCUCGUCAGCGCUGCCAGUCGGCCUCCAGCCGAAGACAUUUGAGCUCAGGUUCACUUUGCCACCAGCCUUCCAGAAACGAGCUCAGAAGCGCUUCUCUUUCCACAGCCAAUUCGCCAAGUCUCCAAGCAGCGUCGGACAAGCCUUUACAAACACGCCAACUGCCCACCGCCUUCGUUGCUCCUGCCUCGACAACGCAAAGACUAAUGCUACGGCGCUAGCAACAGCCAGUUGGUACAGCCUCAUCCAAGGCGGAAACAAGCAAGAGACAAGAGGCAGGAGGCAAACAGGACCAUGUCCGCCAAACUCCCGAAGCAUGUUACACUUCGAGGCCCACUUUUUCUGCAUACCAUCUUACGCUCCCUUCGUCUCGUGCAAGCCCCAUCCGACGGGCAUAAUUGCCACUGUUGCCAUCAGGAGGGCAUUAGUUGCUAGCGGCGCGAAGCCGAGCGGGGGACACUGGUACCACUCCUCGAUUCUGCUUGCCUGGCGUCUUAGACGUCAAGAUAGAGAGAAGGAGUCUCUUCACCAGAAUCCGUCACUACGUCGAGGCGGACCUCAACGGAAGUGGGAGCGGAUCAUCCGCACCGCCUGCGACGCUUUCAGAUGCCACAGAAAUCGGAUGCCGUCUUAG